AAGUGAGUACCAACCCCACGGAGGCGUAAUGCACUAGUCCACUCGACAAUCAACCUGAUGCGUGAUAACAGACGCUCCAUUUGCAUAGAUACUACACAGGUUUUUAAGGACCUUUAUCAGAGAGUGUAUGAAAUGUGGCUCGAAGUCUGCAAGAUCAUCCCUCAAGGCGCUGUCCUGCACUGCACCAUUCAGCCAAUGGGUACGGCUAGUAUUCAGACCGGUAAAGAUCAGGGAGGGGUGUCAAAUGGAGGUUAUCAUAGGCCUUGAAAGUGUCGCACAGUGCUGCAAGUUGCUUCCAAUCCUCCCAUAAUGUCUGAUCUUCAACCACAGGACUAAGGGACGUCAUGCAAUCAAUCUAGUGGGUUUUCACCUGUGCAUCGCCUGAAGAUGGUAGUGACCAUGGCGCGGCCCAAAAGACCGGAGAUAGUAUGUCAAAGAUAGUACAGUCACUGGUCAGAGAGAAGGGCCUACUCUUGGAUUUCAGGUGUUGGAUUUCAGGUGUAUGACUUUGCAAGUGGCUCAAAGUCCUUGGCAGCUACGUAGCCUGGAAUAUUAGGCUCAUGCGGAGGCGGCGGCCAAGAACGACGCGGAGGGCGCCCUACAAUAGCUGCAGAAAGGCGGGUUCCUUUUAUGCGACAAUAUAUGAUGAAGCAUGGUUGAAAGUAUGCAGCUUGUAAGCAGGAGAGGCAG